AUGGCCUCCGCUGAAGGCCCCCGAGGCAACAUGGAGCGGAACGCGGAGCGAAGCAUUGAUAUCUACAGCACUAAGCUGGGCGACGACAAGAUUGAUAUUAAACUCAGAGCGAAUGUUGCUGUCGAAUUACGGGACAGUAUUGAACCAUUAUGCUCUGGCGCAAGCUAUCCGAUCUUCUUGUCGAAGCUAUGGCCGGUGUUCAAGCACAUUCUGAAGGGCGAGCCCGUCUUCACGAACAUGUCCUUCGAUCAGAAAUUACGGAAUUGUAUCCUCGAGACGCUACAUCGUUUGCCAAUGGCGUCGCCGGACGUCGAACCGUAUGCCGCCGACAUGGUCGACCUGCUGAUGGAUCUGGUACGGAUUGAAAACGAGGAAAACGCGGUUCUGUGCAUGAAGACAAUCAUGGAUCUCGAGCGCAAUCAAGCCAAGGCCACGGCGGCGCGCGUACAACCUUUCCUCGCGCUCAUUCAGGAGAUGUUCCAGAUGAUGGAGCAGGUGGUUCGCGAUACCUUCGAUACCCCCAGUCAAGCCACCCCUUCUGGCAUGCCCUCAACACCAAGUGCGACGGCCCAGACUUUCCAAUCGCCUCGACCGAGCUCCCCCGCGACGUCAGUUUCGGAUCUCGCACCAGACCAGCAGCAACAGGCCAACAAUGUGUUACUCAAGGGUAUGCAGUCGUUCAAGGUCCUCGCCGAGUGUCCGAUUAUCGUCGUGUCCAUCUUCCAAACGCACCGUGCGUCCGUCGCGGCAAAUGUGAAGCUCUUUGUGCCGCUGAUCAAGAGUAUCCUUCUUCUCCAAGCCAAGCCGCAGGAGAAGGCACACGCAGAUGCCGCAGCCCAGGGGACGAUAUUCACGGGCGUAUGCAAAGAAAUUAAGAACAGAGCCGCUUUCGGUGAAUUCAUUACCGCGCAAGUGAAGACGAUGAGCUUCUUAGCCUAUUUGCUCCGUAUGUAUGCGCAACAGCUGCAGGAUUUUCUCCCCACUCUCCCCUCGGUUGUUGUGCGUCUUCUUCAAGAUUGCCCCCGGGAAAAGUCCAGCGCGAGGAAGGAGCUCCUGGUGGCCAUCCGUCACAUCAUAAACUUUAAUUACCGGAAGAUAUUCCUCGAGAAGAUCGACGAGCUUCUUGACGAGAGGACGCUUAUUGGCGAUGGACUCACUGUUUACGAGACAAUGCGACCCCUAGCCUACAGCAUGCUUGCCGACCUCAUACAUCACGUCCGCGACCACUUGACGCGUGAUCAAAUACGUCGGACUGUCGAAGUGUACACCAAAAACCUUCAUGAUGAUUUCCCGGGAACGAGUUUCCAGACAAUGAGUGCCAAACUACUACUCAAUAUGGCCGAGAGGAUAUCGAGGUUGGAGGAUAAAAGGGAAGGCCGCUACUUCUUGAUCAUGAUCCUAGAUGCCAUUGGUGACAAGUUCGCGUCGAUGAACUAUCAGUUUGACAACGCGGUCAAGGUCUCGAAGGCAUACAAGGCCACGAAGAAGGACCUCGAACCUGCUUCGGAGCGGUAUCUUGCGGAGAAGGAGCACCCACCUGAUUGGGAUGAAAUCGAUAUCUUCUCGGCGUCUCCCAUCAAGACAUCCAACCCUCGCGACCGCGGUGGUGAUCCGGUCUCCGACAACAUCUUCCUUUUCAAGAACCUGAUCAACGGCCUGAAGAACAUUUUCCACCAGCUCAAGAACUGCAACCCCGAUCAUAUCCAAAUCGACCCGAAUAGUGUCCCGAUAAAUUGGUCCGAGGUCUCGUAUGGCUACAAUGCUGAGGAAGUACGGGUUAUCAAGAAGCUGUUCCACGAAGGAGCCCGAGUCUUCAAGUACUACGGGGUGGACCAGUCACCUCCGGAAGUCAGCUACUCCUCCCCGUUCGACUUCCUUGCUGGUCAAUACACCGCGCCCAUGUCCCGCGAAGAAAAGGAGCUCCUGGAGAGCUUCGGAACCGUGUUCCACUGCAUUGAUACCGCCACCUUCCACGAAGUCUUCCACUCUGAGAUACCCUACCUCCACGAGCUCAUGUUCGAACACGGCGCCCUCCUCCACCUUCCUCAGUUCUUUUUGGCUAGCGAGGCCACUUCCCCGGCAUUCUCUGGAAUGGUGUUGCAGUACCUUAUGGACCGGAUCCAUGAAGUGGGUACUUCCGACAUGACGAAAGCGAAGAUCCUGUUGAGGAUGUUCAAGCUUUCGUUUAUGGCCGUCACACUGUUCUCUGUUCAGAACGAGCAGGUUUUGCACCCUCAUGUUACCAAGAUCGUUACCAAAUGUAUAGAGCUUUCGGUGACUGCAGAGGAGCCCAUGAACUAUUUCCUCCUGCUGCGCUCCUUGUUCCGCAGCAUUGGUGGAGGCCGGUUCGAGCUCCUUUACAAAGAGAUUCUGCCGCUGUUGGAAAUGCUCUUGGAGACAUUCAAUAACUUGCUGCUCGCUGCCCGCAAACCGCAAGAGCGUGACCUCUACGUAGAGCUUACCCUCACAGUUCCUGCUCGCUUGAGUCAUCUUCUGCCACAUUUGAGCUACCUCAUGCGUCCAAUUGUGGUAGCGUUGCGUGCCGAUUCGGACCUUGUGGGACAGGGUCUUCGGACCCUAGAGCUAUGUGUCGACAAUCUCACGGCCGACUACCUUGAUCCGAUCAUGGCACCCAUUAUGGACGAGUUAAUGACAGCCUUGUGGGACCAUUUGCGGCCCCAUCCUUACAAUCACUUCCAUGCGCAUACGACCAUGAGGAUCCUGGGUAAGCUUGGUGGCCGUAAUAGAAAGUUCCUCAACCACCCUCCAGACCUUACCUUCGAACAGUUUGCCGAUGACACACCCAGCGUCGACAUCAAGCUUAUCGGACCCAGCGAGAAGCGUCCUUUCCCUGUCGAAAUUGGCGUUGAUUUGGCCAUUGGGAAGUUGAUGGAGGUUCCCAAGACACCCACGGCCAAGGCAUCGGACAGCUACUAUAAGCAGCAGGCAUUCCGGAUGCUCUCAUCGCAGUUGAAACUCUACAUUGGAUAUGAGAGUGUCCCGGAGGACCUGGCUUCUCUCAUUCGUUUGCAUGCCAAUGACCUCUUCGAGAGCAAGACUACAGCAAUGCCCGACAUCCUGGAAAGAUCUGAGCGGUCCAGCUCCAUCACGAAGAAGUUGACACAGGAGGGCUCGAUGAAGAAACUUAUCAAAGCUUGUAUCUUCGCGACAACCAUUCCGGAACUUGAGCAAACUGCAACCGCUUUUGUGGCUGAUGUAUGCAAGCACUUUGCUGUAGUGGAAGUCGGACGCGCUCUCGCCCAAGCCAGGCACACCCGCAGGCCUUUCGAUGUCAAUAACGGCGAAGGCCCGGUGUAUCUCGACUCACGGGUCCUAGCCGAAGCUCUAGUAGAGUCCCUGUCAUCGGACAAUGCUUCUGUCCGUGAUGGUGCGCAGGCAGCAAUGCAGGUCAUGAAGGAGGCGGCCGCUAUCAUCUUUGGAACUCCUGACCGGGUCUCCAAGCUUCCCUUCUUCCAACAUCUGGGUCGCGUGUUUUGCCAUAGUUGCCAUAGCGAGGAGUGGUUUACCAAGGCUGGGGGAAGCCUUGGUAUCCACAUUUUCGCGACCAAGCUGGACCUGGGUGACACCUGGCUCCUGGACAAGCAGGUCGAAUUCGUCAGAGCCUUGAUGUAUGUUAUCAAGGAUACACCGUCUGACUUACCAGCUAGCACGCGAAUCAGGGCGCAGGAGACACUGGAUCUGAUUCUCCGCCGGUGCUGCAAGAAUCUUUCGCUUGAUGACCUGAAGAACGAGAAGAGCCGCAUGUACUCUUUGUGCGGGCACUUUGUCUACGAGCUCUCCCACAUGAAUAAGCAGGUCCGAGAAGCUUCGCGUCGGAGCUUCUCGACAAUUGCCGAAGUCCUGGGUUGUCAGGUCCAUGACCUCAUUCUCCCUGUGAAGGACCGCCUCUUGCAGUCCAUCUUCAACAAGCCGCUCCGAGCACUCCCCUUUCCCACGCAGAUUGGGUUUAUCGAUGCCAUUACGUACUGCCUGAGCUUACACAAUAAUAUUGUGACCUUUAAUGAUCCGCUCAAUCGAUUAAUGCUGGAGUCUCUUGCCUUGGCUGAUGCCGAUGAUGAGUCGCUCGCCUCCAAGCCGAACGAGUUCAAGAAUGCUGAAAUGAUUGUCAACUUGCGAGUUGCGUGCCUUCGUCUCCUGUCUAUGGCAAUGAGCUUCCAGGAGUUCGGCAACACCCCACAGAAUACGAGCCGUGCACGCAUCAUUUCCGUAUUCUUCAAGUCACUCUAUUCGCGGUCUCCUGAUGUUAUUGAAGCCGCCAAUGCCGGUCUUCGGGACGUUCUUACGCAGACAAACAAGUUGCCGAAAGACUUGCUCCAAAACGGUCUUCGCCCUAUCCUGAUGAACUUGCAGGAUCCUAAGCGUUUGAGCGUCGCAGGACUCGACGGACUUGCACGUUUGCUGACAUUGCUCACCAAUUACUUCAAGGUUGAGAUUGGAGCUCGCCUUCUAGACCACAUGAAGGUCAUUGCAGAUGAUACGAUUCUGCAGAAGGUGUCCUUCAGUCUUGUUGAGCAAAGUCCUCCGAUGAAGAUCGUGGCUGCCAUAUUCAACAUCUUCCACCUACUUCCCCCAGCUGCUACUUCUUUCAUGGAGCAUCUCGUGAACAAGGUGUUGGAUCUUGAAGACAAGCUUCGCAGGACGUCUAACAGUCCUUUCAGGAAGCCUUUGGUCAAGUACUUGAAUCGCUAUCCCAAGGAUAGCUUGACCUUCUUCCAGAACCGCUUCAAGGAUGAGCGGUUUGGGCGAUUCUUUGGCCAGGUCUUAGCUGACCCAGAGAGUGAGGCACUUCGCUCUGCGGUAGUUGCGGACACUGAUAGCUUCGUGAAUGCUGCUUUCGGACAAGAGGCGACGGAUGGCAAGAACACUGCUGCAAUCAAUGGUAUCUACGUGGCCCACUCGAUCUGCAUGCAUGAAUCGACCAAGCGCUGGUUGGUUUCGCAGGCGGAUCUGAGAGCCAAGUUAUUGAGCUCGGGACGCGAUCUGGAGAAAAAGCUCCGAAAUGACAAGCUACCGGCGAACGAGCGGUUAAGAGUCGAGCAAGCGGAGGACCAGCUAAUGGAUAUCUUCACUAAUUACCUGACGGAGUCGGUGCAAGAUCUGGACUUCCUGUUCGAGGUUAUGGACGGACUUUCUGCCGAAGAACUGAAGCGCACCUUGGCAUUCCCGAAAUUCAUAUACCGCCAUAUCAUUACGAAUGAGUCUAUUGAUUACCGCCGUUCUGUGAUUAUGCGGUGCCUCGACCUCUAUAGCCAGCGCACCUGCUCCCAGAAGAUGAAGACAUAUGCCUUCCGUCAUCUGGUUAACCCCAUCUUUGCCAUGGACGUCCAGACUACAUGGAACAGCCCGUCGAAUAGUCCCAAGCUGAUGGACAAGAGUAUGACCGAAUUCAUCCAGAGCCGUUUGUGGAAGCCUCAAUUGGCCGAUCUGAGCGAUGAGUCCAACCAGGCUGGUGUGGACCACUCGCGCAUGGAACUUCUCCAGCUGUCUGCCUUGUUGAUCAAAUAUCAUUCACAGACCGUACAGGAAUCGCGCAAGGACAUUAUCAAGUUCGCUUGGAACUACAUUCGUCUGGAAGACGUCAUCAACAAAUACGGCGCCUAUGUUCUCAUCAGCUACUUCAUUGCGCAUUAUGAGACGCCUUUCAAGAUUGUCGUGCAAGUCUACGUGGCCCUACUAAGAGCUCACCAGAACGAGGGUAAAGCGCUUGUGACUCAGGCUCUUGAUGUUCUUGCCCCUGUUCUGCCGACUAGGACCUCCAUGGCAAAUCAAAAUACUCAGGUACAUGAUCCGCGGUACCCGAUAUGGGCGAAGUGGCCUCGACGCAUUCUGGCGGAGGAGACUGCCAACUUGCAGCAGGUCAUGUGCAUCUUCCAAUUCCUCGUGCGGCAGCCGGACCUCUUCUACGACUCAAGGGAACAUUUCGUGCCUCUUAUCGUUCCAUCUCUGAUCAAGAUCGCUUCACCUAUGAGCUCUUCGAACGAAAGCAAGAAACUGGCGCUUAACCUUGUUAGUCUCAUUUGGCACUGGGAAGAAAAGCGUGUUAAAGCUAGCCGUUCUCCGAUGCCCAACGGCAUCCAUGAUUCCCCUAAUGCCAAGAAGCGCAAGCUGGAGGAAACCCAGAGCAGUGCAUCCCGUUCGCCUGCAGCGGGGUCUCAGGACUAUCUCAUCCCCCCUGAUCUGCGUGCCACGUUGACGAAGUACCUUAUAUCUUUCAUCACGACAAUUGCGGAGAGAUACCCAGUUCCUGCCGCGCGAAUUCGUGAGCUUCCGGGAACCAAGCCGCAGCAGCCUGUGCCUACGGGUGAUAUGGUGAAGAAGGCUGUGCACUUGCUGAGGAACCUGUUGUCUGACGAGCAUUGGGCAGACUUGGACAUUGAGCUCUAUCAGAAGGUUACGGAACCAAUCCUCGCGGGCGACAAGGCAGACAAGCCUGACGAGAAGCAUGUUACGAGUAUGGUCAAUACACUGCAGGUCAUACGAGUACUCCUGGCCUGUAAGCCGGAUGACUGGAUCAUGGCUCGCUUGCCCCUAAUCCAGAAGCUUUUCGAAAAGCCUUUGCGCUCGGACAACCCAGAGAUUCAGGACUGCCUCCAUGGCGUUGAAGACGAGGUGGAUAUCUCCCCCAAGCUCUUGCCUCCUAUCAGAAGGGUUCUGAAUGCUCUUCCGGAAGAUCAGCCAGAGGAGGAUGAUGCUAUGGAUGUGGAAAACUCGCCUUCUGAGUUCGUCACCUACCUGUCUGCUAUUGCAACGGAGACACUUUCGGCCAGCAAUUAUGUCUCUAGUCUUAAUGUGCUUUGGACUCUUUCCAAGAAUAAGCCGGCUGAGAUGGACACCCACAUUCCCCAGGUCAUGAAAGCCUUUUCGCAGAAACUGGCCAAGGAGCAUGUUGCAGCUUCCACCGCCAAUCAAGCAGCGUUGCCUCCGGGAACUAAGCCUCCAGAGGGAGUUCCAGACCAGCAGGAGUUCGAGCUCGGGGUUGAUCUGAUAUUCAAAACCAUCGAACUCAUAUCAGUGCGCAUGUCUCACCUUGGAGAGCAGAGGCGUCCUUUCCUCAGUGUUCUGGCUCAGUUGGUUGAACGGUCUCAGAACAUUAAGCUUUGCAGCAAGGUGCUGGGUAUGGUUGAGACUUGGAUUUUCCAUUCGACCGAGUCAUGGCCUACGCUCAAGGAGAAGACCGCUGUCUUGCAUAAGAUGCUACUCUUUGAGUCUCGACAAGACCAAACCAUGCUCAAGAAGUUCCUCGAUCUUGUCAUUAGGAUUUAUGAGGAUUCUAAGAUCACCCGGACCGAACUGACUGUCCGACUCGAGCACGCCUUCUUGAUCGGAACCAGGGCACAAGAUGUUGAGAUGCGGAAUCGCUUCAUGACCAUUUUCGACCGCAGUUUGACCCGCUUAGCCAGCUCUCGUCUCAGCUACGUGCUCACCUGUCAGAACUGGGACACGCUGGCGGACUCGUUCUGGCUGGCCCAGGCGUCUCACUUAGUCUUGGGCUGCGUGGAUAUGGGUUCAUCGGCGAGGUUGCAUCCGGAUGAUUUCACUGUUUACCCCGUGUCUUUCCUCUAUGGCAAUGCCGAUAAAGAUGCAAGGAAGGCAGAUGUUAUGGUGGACAUUCAACUCGAGGCUUUCGUCUCCGAGCGGAAGCGCUUCAUAAGUGAAAUCGGUGAUGUUAAAGCUCGCGAUCUCAUUGAGCCUCUUUGCCAACUCCAGCACACUGACCCUACGGUGUCCUAUAAGCUCUGGACGACUCUAUUCCCUAUCUUCUGGUCUACUCUGUCUAAGGAGGACCGCAUCGAUCUGGAGAAGGGAAUGGUGACUCUGAUCACCCGCGAGUAUCAUCAACGACAACUUGACAAGAGGCCUAAUGUCGUCCAAGCUUUGCUUGAAGGUGUGGUGCGCGCUAAGCCACGUUUCAAGAUCCCGCCACAUGUGAUGAAGUAUCUCAGUCGAACCUAUGAUGCUUGGUAUACUGCUGCCACGUAUCUUGAGGAGACUGCCAUCAGCCCUAUCAUUGAUACUCCUACUGUCCGUGAAAGCAACCUUGAUGCUCUGGUAGAAGUAUAUGCAGGGCUGCAAGAAGAUGACUUCUUCUAUGGCACGUGGCGGCGCCGCUGCAAGUUUGUGGAGACUAACGCCGCCCUCUCUUAUGAGCAGCAGGGAAUGUGGGAUAAGGCUCAACAGCUAUACGAGAACGCCCAGAUCAAGGCUCGCUCGGGUGCAAUGCCGUUCUCACAAGGCGAAUACUAUCUCUGGGAAGAUCACUGGCUGAUCUGUGCGCAGAAGUUGCAGCAAUGGGAGAUCCUCAGCGACUUUGCGAAGCAUGAGAAUCUGAACGAUCUCCUCUUAGAGUCUGCAUGGAGGAACAUCGAGAACUGGCAGAGCGAAAGUAGCAGGGAGCAGCUUGAAUCUCUCAUCAAGUCUGUUUCUGAUGCGCCGACUCCGCGACGCACCUUCUUCCAGGCGUUUAUGGCGCUACUUCAGUUCCAUAUCAAGAAGGAGAACAUCCAGGAGUUCAACGGUGUGUGCGAUGAAUCUAUCCAGCUGUCAAUCAGGAAGUGGCUCCAGCUGCCGAAGAGAAUCACGAACGCCCAUAUCCCAAUCCUGCAGCACUUCCAACUGCUGGUUGAGCUUCAUGAUGCAAGUCACAUCUGCGCCAGUCUUUCGCAGACUAACGAGCGCAACCUCGAUACCAAGUCUGCCGAGUUGAAGCUGCUCUUGGGUACGUGGAGAGACCGUCUGCCUAAUCUCUGGGACGAUAUCAACGCUUGGCAAGACCUGGUUACAUGGCGGCAGCACAUCUUCCAGCUCAUCAAUGCGACAUAUCUUAGCCUUCUGCCUCCGCAGACUAACAACGUGGCGAGCAAUUCGUAUGCUUACCGUGGAUACCAUGAGACAGCUUGGAUCAUCAACCGUUUUGCUCACGUUGCUCGCAAGCAUCAAAUGCCGGAAGUGUGCAUCAACCAGCUUAGCCGUAUCUACACUCUGCCGAACAUUGAGAUUCAAGAGGCUUUCUUGAAGCUGAGGGAACAGGCCAAGUGCCACUACCAGAACCCCAAGGAGCUGAACAGUGGGCUGGACGUCAUCAAUAAUACGAAUCUCAACUACUUCGGUGCUCAACAAAAGGCAGAGUUCUAUACCCUGAAGGGAAUGUUCCUUGCCAAGCUGAACCACGUUAAUGAGGCGAAUGAGGCAUAUGGUGUGGCUCUUUACUACGAGCUAAGACUUGCCAAAGCCUGGUCGGAGUGGGGACAGUACAGCGAUCAACGUUUCAAGUCUGACCCCUCGGACUAUGAGCUCGCCAGCAAUGCUGUCAGCUGCUACUUGGAGGCUGCUGGUCUGUACAAGAAUGCCAAGUCGAGGAAGCUGCUCAGUCGCAUCCUUUGGCUUCUCAGCCUGGACAACGAAGAGGGUCAGAUUGCGCGCGCGUUUGAGAGUUUCAAGGGCGAUACUCCAGUUUGGUACUGGAUCACGUUCAUACCGCAGCUCCUUACCAGCUUGUCACACCGCGAAGCUCGUCUGUGCAAGGCUGUUCUCGUCAAGAUUGCUAAGUUGUUCCCGCAAGCAUUGUUCUUCCUGCUCCGUACGAACAGGGAGGAUAUGCUUAACAUCAAGAAACAGCACGAUCAGAAGCAGGAGAAGCUUAACCGUGUCAGACAACAACAGCAGCAGCAGCAACAACAGGCUUCUCCACGGCCCAAGCCUUCGCCGGGAGUUGCAAAUGCCUCUCCCCUCCAGAACGCCCAAACAGUCAAUGCCACUCCGACUCCAACUCCACAGGCACCCAGUGGUCAACAACCUGCACAGAACCAGGCACAGCCACAACAACAACAACCCCAAGCGCAAGCGCAAGGCCAGAUGCCGAAUGCAGGCCAGGCAAAAAACCAGAACCAGCCACAGCAGACUCCUGUUCAAGGCCAGGUUCAAGGUCAGCCUCAAGCUCAAGGUCAAGCCCAACCUCAAGCCCAACCCCAGGCACCUGUUCAAGGGCAAGUGCCCAACCAAGGACAGCCCCAAGCGCAACAGGCACAAGGCCAAGGCCAGCAACAAGGCCAUCUGCAGGUUCCCGGACAAAAUGGAGUGCCGCAGCAGAAUCAGAACGCUGCUGGUGCGGAACCUGAGAAGGAGCCGCUCAAGAAGCCGUGGGAGUAUUCCGAUGAGAUCAUGUCCGGUCUCAAGACUGCUUUCCCUCUGCUGGCCUUGUCCAUGGAGACCAUGGUGGAUCAAAUCCACAAGAACUUUAAGUGCCCCCCUGACGAGGAUGCCUAUCGUCUCAUUGUUGCGCUGCUGAACGAUGGACUGGCUUACGUGGGUCGCAUGCCGGGCUCUUAUGCGCAGGACUUCAAGCUGCCCCCUGCAACUGAGGCGAAUAUCACGCGUUUUGCUGAGACCAUUCUCCCUGCCCACAUCCGCAAGUCUUUCGAGGCGGACUUUGUGGUCAAGAAGCCAACGAUGUACGAGUACAUCCAGAAGCUGCGUCGUUGGCGUGACAAGUUUGAAGAGAAGCUCGACCGCAGACCUCAGUCUCAAUUCCUGGAGACGUAUUCGCCUCACCUCAGUGAGUUCCGCUUCCUCAAGUUCGACGAAGUCGAGGUGCCAGGCCAGUACCUCCUGCACAAGGACAAGAACCAAGACUUCGUUCGGAUCGACCGCUUCCUUCCAGACAUUGAUCUGGUGCGCGGUAUCGGAGUCUGCCACCGUCGGCUGAAGAUCCGCGGUCACGAUGGUAGUGUGCAUCCGUUUGCAGUCCAGCAUCCCGCAGCCCGGCACUGCAGACGAGAGGAGCGCAUCUUGCAGCUGUUCCGUAUUUUCAACGGACUUCUGGGCAAGCGCAAGGAGAGCCGGCGCCGCAACUUGUACUUCCAUCUCCCGCUUAUGGUUCCAUUGGCGCCUCACAUUCGCCUGGUUCGGGAUGACCCGUCCUACAUCUCCAUGCAGGGCAUCUACGAGGACUACUGCCGACGUGUGGGUAUCAACAAGGACGAGCCUGUCAUGUUUACCAUGGAGAAGAUGAGGUCUCUGGCAGAAACGAAACAGAACGUAAGUGACACUGACACGCCCACGCAAACGAACGACACUGACGUCUUCCAGCGCUCCAACGACCAGCAGCAGGUCCUGCGUACCGAGAUGCUCACUGCCAUCCAGGAGAAGUGGGUUCCCAGUACGAUUGUAUUGGACUACUUCCAGCGCAUGUACCCGAACUUCUCGGACUUCUGGCUCUUCCGGCGGCAGUUUGCUUACCAAUAUGCGGCCAUUGCCUUUAUGACCUACGUGAUGCACAUGGGCAACCGGUAUCCUAACAAGAUUCUGGUGUCGAGGUUGACGGGUGACAUUUGGGGCUCGGAGCUGAUCCCCACAAUCAACCCGACCAAGGCAUUCUUCUACAACCCCGAACAAGUGCCAUUCCGUUUCACUCCCAACAUCCAGACGUUGCUGGGACCGAUUGCUACGGAGGGACUGUUUGCAUGCGCAUUGAUGGCCAUUGCACGCUGCCUCACGGAGCCCCGACACGAACUUGAGCAGCAGCUCAGUAUCUUUGUCCGGGACGAGAUGAUGUUCUGGGCCACAGCCCAACACCGUGCACCUCUGGGACCACCGCAGCUCCGCGAUCUGGUCUACAACAACAGCGAUGUCAUUGUCAACCGGGCCGUCAGCCUUGCCAGUCCACCUGAGGGUAACCUGCCAGCCAACCAAACCACGAUCGACUUGAUCUCCAAGGCUGUGAACCCGCAGCAUCUCGCUGCCUGCGAUGCUCUCUGGAUGCCGUAUCUGUAA